AAUACCAUGCUUAUAAUUAUGAAGACCACCAUCCUCCUCAUCUCUUGGCAUCUCUUGGCACUCACACACACGCACGCCCUCGAUGGAUGCUACCCAGUGACAGCGGCUGAUCCCGCUCCCGGCUCUCGGGCAGCCAAAUCUGCGUCAGGAGCCCCUAAUUAGCCCCGGCCCCGCCGCUGUUCCCCCCUCCGUCUCGUCCCUUAAUUAGCCCCCCGCCGUUCCAUAAUUAGCCCUGUGCCCCAUGCCCCCGGCCCCCUCCAUUGUGCGCCCGGAUGCCUGGGUCUGCGGAGCCCGCGUUAGCGCCCAGCGACCAGGGAGCGGGUCCCCCCGCCUCCGGUGGCGUCGCCUGGACACGGCUGUCCCUCCGGCCGGGUGACCGGCGCCCUUCGAGCCUAUGUUUAGCUCUGCUUCGUCCUCUGGGGUCCGGCCCGGGCUGAGGCCCGGCUAUAAAGGCUAGCCGGAAAGAUGCCACAAGUCCAGCGAGCACCGUGAGCGAACACACCGCGCUGCCAACUCAGCCCCGCCACCCCCACGGGACCAUGGAGGCCCCAAAGGCCUCGCUGGCCGUCGCCACGCUUCUUCUUCUGCUGCUGCUGCUGCCGCCGCCGUCCCUACUGAGCCCCGGGCGAGGGUCGGGGGUGGCAGGGGUCGCCGCCGCGCAGCCCCUGCCCGCCUGCUGCCGCCAAAGGACCUGCUCCUGCCGCCUGUACGACCUGCUGCACGGCGCCGGCAACCACGCCGCGGGCAUCCUCACCCUGGGCAAGCGGAGGCCCGGUGCCCUCGCCUUCCAGGACCGGCUCCAGCGCCUGCUGCACGGGGCCGGCAACCACGCCGCUGGCAUCCUCACCAUGGGCCGCCGGGACCCCGGGCCCAGCCCCAACGCCCUGCCCUUGCCCUGCCCACGGCCGCCCUGCCCUGAGCCCCCUCCGGCCCAGGACCUGCCAGAGAACCACGGGCCGGCCUGAUCCGGCUGACUCCAGGCCGUGAGUUGGUGGGCAGCCUGGGCCUUCACCCACUUUCUGCGCCCUGGCCAGGGAAACCUGGACCCUCUGGGUCCCCCUCCCUGCCUCCUGCAGCGGAGGUGGCCCCCAAGGGACGGGGAUGGGGGGAUCCCCUGGGCUGUACCCCCUCCGCAGAGUGGGUGAAUAAAGACAAGU